AUGACAACCGAGGAGCGCCAAGCUCUGGAAGCUCUCAGAGACCCACCAACUAACCCACCUAACAUUGCUGAGGACUCCGAUGAUUUCAAUCUCGGCGACAUCUGGGAUGGUACUGACGCACUCCCCAUUAGCCAUGCUGGCGGAGAGUUCAGAGACCUGGCGAGAGGUGUUCUGGGUGAGGUCUGGAAAUUAAAGGAUCAAGAUGGUGCUCACAGGGUUCAACGUGUUGACAAUCGCACACGGCGUGAUCGUGUUCUGCGAAGAAAUCUCGCUUUCAAUGAGCAAAUACAAAUAAUGAGCGAAUCAUACCUUAUAUGGAGCCUGGAGAAAUCGCAAAAGGGCUUCAAGAGUUUUUAUGAUUGCCUACGCAGCAAAGAGACUGAGGUGACCGAUUUGAAUGGUGGCCAAUGGCCAGUGACAGUAGUAGACGCGUUCUUUGCUGAGAAAUUUGUACUGAAAAUAUCAUCGACGGACCAUACAAUUGCUUCUGCACUUGUACUCGUUAGUGACCGUUACCUAUCUCGUAACUUUGUAGAGCAGUUUGCACGGGAUACGCCAUGUGAUACGGGAGCCAAUUCAGAGUCCGGCAGAGAACUCAUGCGAAGGCCGGUGGAAAAAUAUGGACGAUGCAAAGACAAAAAAGCUUGGGGUAUUUAUGACGAAACUGGUGUCUUCGUCGCCGUAUGCCGCCACGGCUUUUGUUUACUUAUCACAGACAUGGUGCAGAGCGGGGAGCAGUAUUCUAACAGUGCAAAAUACCCCUUGGCUAUUGUUGCCAAGCUGCUAGAUGCAUUUGGCAACGAUUUGGGCAGUGGCUAUGACAUCGGCUGCAUUGGUAUCAAAGAUCUGGAGACUUGUGAGCGGACGUUCUCCAAGUCAAACUCCCUUGCAUCGGCUCUACGGUAUACUAGCGUUUUCCAUCGUCAGCAGGCUAUCGACUCAUAUUUCGAGCAUAACAACGAGCUCGAGGUAUAUGGCAAUCUUUCAAAUUUCUUGCAUGGUAACUACAAACAAGCUCUCGAGAUCAUCGCCAAUGGCGAAGCUGUCCUACCGAAGGUUAUGCAAGAGCUCAAAGUCGAAGAUGAGAGUGUCUUUGAAUGUUGGCUCGAAGACGAGAAAAUCUACCUUAAGGGUCUAACACGAGAGCCUGAAGAAGAGACACUUCAAAUGGAGUACUGGCAGAGAUUAGUCAAUCUUAGUGCAAGCAACAUGCGGCGCCACGCUCUCGAGGACUAUGAGAGAAACCUGAAGUUGGUUCAGUUAUUAGAAUGCAAACUCGGUAUCAUCGCUCGCUGGGUUCCAGAAGAUGAAGAAUGGCAGAAGGCAGGGAGACUCGUAGCUAAUAGAAAGUAUCAACGUGCCUUGGACCGUUUGGAAGGUUUGGUCGUGGCUCACAUUUUCGAACUUGCGAAGAUGAAUAGGGCGGGGACAGGUUACAAACUGCGAGAACAUAUUGCGAGGGCCUUGCAGACGCGCUCUGCCGCCAUCAGGUCCGCCCUCAACACAUACAACAACCUUGCCAGUGUGGUGUACCCUCCCCGGCAAAUACUCAAGUGGGAGGAUGUUGUCGAGUAUGCCUUUCUCGCUGACUUCGAGCUGCUACAAAAGACGCGCUCCAAUGUCUCUCAAUUACCUUGGUCAUCACCAGCAGCUCGGAUGACAUAUAUACGAGAUGAAGACAAGUAUUUGCAGGUGUGCGAAGAUCGACUCACAGUUGCUAACCCUGCCCUUGCCCAUCAAAUCGCUAUACAUCGGAACAUUCGUGGCCGGUUCAACUCCCGCCAUAUCAAGCGGCUCGAUGAUAUCUCAAAGCUUCCCGGCUUCAAUGGUACACUCGUCCCUGGUCUAAGUGCUUGCACUGGUAUCAGGGAGAGUGCCAGCGUGCCAGAUCCUCUGAUUCCCGCCAACGUGUUUGCUGCCCAUAUACCUGCACACAACCCUUCAUCCCCUAUAGGUGCGGAUACUCAAGAGGAUUUAGAUGAGGAGGAGAUCACAGAGGAGGUCGCAGAAGAAGCCUCGAGGAGUUUGCAGGACAUUAUCACCAUCACUGCUGACUUCUCACAGCUCCAGGUUGUUGACAAUGGUGAAGUAGAGGAGUAG